AGUCUGGCUGGGACUAACACAUUUUUGGCAUUGGAAAAUGAUAAUGUUCAUUUGUGAUGGGCGACUAGAUUAAUCGACUAAUCGUUUAAAUUUUGAUUUCGAACAUGAGGGUUUGUCCAAAGUGGCUUUUAAAAGUUAAAACCUUAACGUAGGCCCACGAAGUUAGUGACCUGCCGCUACAGGGACACGUAAGAGCGGCGGUGGGCGGGGCUAACAACUGUACACAGUCAGGGAUUACGCUGCUCUCCUAUGUGCCGGUUAUUAUUUUUUUCAUCCUAAAAAUCAUGCCUGCAACGCUUUAAUACCCCCGCUUUGAGUGAGUUGAAAUAGUUUCUCAAAUAUGAAAAGUGUUGGCAACUUUUUUCCUCAAUGGGUUGAAGAAUGUGAAGUCGCUUCGGGAGGGAAAUAACGGUGCAGGACGUUAGCCGAAUGUUAGCUAACCAGCAACAGGUCAGUUGGUUGGUCAACUAGCUAACAGACAAAACGGUUAUGGAGCGCGCGACUUUUUCAAAAUACUCCUGGAUCGAUUUUUUCUUCUCUGUGAUCGGAGUGUGUACGUUUCUGGUGGACUGGGGCUCGGACGUGUGGGUGGCCACCGAGUUUUACUGCCGCGGAGAAUUGUUCUGGUUCGGGGUGGUGGUCGGCCUCAUGGUCCUGUCGUCUGUCGUCGUCCAGAUGUUCAGCUGGUUCUGGUUCAAGUAUGACCGACAGCUGCUGAUGUUCAGCGCGCGGACCGAAGGAGGAACCGUGCUCUUCAGGGACCAAGUGAAGCUCUCCUGCGUGUUACAUGUGCUGCAGCUGGGUUUCCUUUGCAGGCACAUCUCCGCCAUACGCCAAGGCUUCAGGGUCUGGUGGCGGAAAGAAGAAGGGUCGGAGUACGCUGUUUACCUGACACAUGACCUCAGCAUGCUCCGGCUUAUCGAGACAUUCUGCGAGAGUGCCCCUCAGCUCACUCUGAUGAUCUAUGUCAUGCUGCACACAAACAAAGCCAGGACUGUUCAGUUUGUGAGCAUUGCUGCAUCAACUACUUCCAUAGCCUGGAUGGUGGUGGAUUACCACCGCUCCCUGCGCUCUUUCCUCCCCGACAAGGCCAAGCAGGGCUGGUGUUCCUCUUUGAUCUACUUCCUGUGGAACCUGCUGCUAAUCGCCCCACGUGUGAUGGCCCUUGCCCUCUUUGCCUCAGUCCUGUCUGGGUACAUCGCUGCCCACUUCUUGAUGCUGUGGCUCAUCUUUGUGUUGUGGGCCUGGCGACAGGGGACAGACUUCAUGGACAGCGUCGGUGGGGAGUGGCUCUACCGGGCCACCGUAGGGCUUAUUUGGUACUUCAGCUGGUUUAAUGUAGCAGAGGGUCAGACCAGAAGCAGGAGCAUCAUCUAUCAUUCUUUCAUCACCACUGAUGGAGGAAUCCUGCUGGUGACCUGGUGGUGUUACAGGGACCCUGUCCAGACUGAGUCAUACGCCCUCACUCUGCUCAUCCAUCUACUUCUCAUCUACCUCUUGGGACUGCUCUUUAAAACCCUCUACUACUGCUGCUUCCACCCCAAGCUGUGGAGGCCACCGGUGAGGGAGCCAGGACUGCCCGAUGAUCUUCCUGAUGCAGACGUGUCCUUUAGAGACGUCUCCAUCCAGGACGGCACCCUGUCCUCGCAGCUCCUCAACAAACGCAUGGCCUGCCAUGCUGCUCAUUUUUACUCCGAGCAAGGAGUCAAUAGAAACACUGAUAGCACAAACAGAGCGGAGCCGUCACAUCUGUGAUGUCUGAUUUUUAGUUUGCCAAAGUCAACAGUGUAUGUUACCUUCUUUGGUAGUGAUAGUAUGCAGCCAUCGCUCUUAGGACUCCGGCGUCCUAUCUGUGCUGCAAUUUCACCGGGUGCUCAGUAUAAAAUAAACCAACAUACAAGCUCAAAAAUGGUACCUGAUACCAAGAGAGGGCAAUAUGGAAAAAACCCUUUUCAAAUCGGUACAUACAUCAGUACCUACAGUAUAUUGGGAUAUAGUAAAUUCCUGGAAGAACUGUUAAAAUAACUGAUAGUUGUUUUGUUUUUUAACUAUCCAGACUUACUUACUUCAUCACACUGAUGCAAAUGCCAUAUACAAAUCCAGUCCUGCUAGUUGUUUUGCAAUCUUGCCACAAUGUUCUAAUAGCACCAUAGAUAUUUCAACACUACAGACUGUAAUGAAAAAUCUCUGUCUAAUAUAAUCUCGCUGUAUACAUUCCCAUAUGUUCUCUACUCUACUUGAAACUGGGGGUAUUUGAUAAGCUCAUUGCUAACCCAAUAUAGUCAGGUGUUAGUUUUAUUUAAUACAUUUUCUACAAAGCAAUUGAAUGUUGUUAUCUUUACACAAUAGUAAGUAAAUUUAGUUAUGGGGACAACCUUUUUCAUACGUACCAUAUGAUCAUAUGGGUUGGUUGUUGUUGCCUUGUAUCUCCAAAAAAAAUCUUGCAGGGAAAAAACCUUGUUUUUUGACAAGGUAAAUAAAAAAUAUACUAUUUUUUAAUAAAAUAUUGUAUAUUAAUAACAACAAUCAUACUAUUUUGGACAUUAUUAGGGUUUUAGCCCACAGAGUCUGAAAAUGUUCUCACUUUAUGUGGAUAAUCUCUAAAUUUACCAACAAGGGUCAUCUAAAUGUGUGUUUGUGUGUUUUGUUGUGACAGCUACUACUGCUGGAACUUAUUUAAAUGACUUUGAAUGUAGAUUUCAACUAGUGUCUCUCUUUUUUUAUACUUUCUGUGUUCAGUUACCGUGCUGUUUUUAGACCACUUGACUGGGUACUCGGUUUUAUCAGGAUGAUGUUGAUGGUGUAAAAGUCAAGUGUUAUUUCUUCAAAUAAGAAUUGUUAGUACAUAUUUUACAAAAUAUGUCAUCACUAGCUUUAGGCACAAACCCAGUAGUGUUUGCUUAUCUUGUUUAAAUGUCACAUGUGCUUAAUGUCUUUGUUUACUUAAGUAGCGGUGUAAAGCGCAGUAUUACAUAGACAAAACUCGCUAUUUUAGACGGUAUUUUGAAAGUUAAUUCAAUUUGUCGCAUUGUUUCAUGUUAAGUUCUGUGAAUGUUCAUACAAAGUUUUGUAGAUCCACUUAUUUGCCAACAAACUCUGCUGAAAACCAAAAGUCAAGGCUGGUUGUUAAUAUUUUACCUCAUUUGCCAUGUGCAAUUAUUAAAGCGGUGACAAUGUUGUA